AUGGCACCACGUUUCAAGAAUCGCUACCUCGUGAUUUUUAUCGCCGCUUUAAUCGGCCUGUUUUUAUUGGAUAUUAUUUCAUCAUUUCUCGUCGGCCAUUCAUCAUCUGAUUUGUCCUCGACAAAAACGACUGAUGCGUACAGAAACAAGAAUGUACGAUUAUUCGCCGCAACGCCAUUUUUUGGCAGACCCAUUGACAAUUCGUGGCUCAGCAAAUGUUCGGAGUACUGCAAACUGGUGGAUAACAGCGAAUCAGCUGAUGCUGUCAUGUAUCAUAUUCCCGAUUAUCGUUUCCUUUCUACGAAUGAACUAAAAUCGAAUCAAAUAGCUGUUAUAUGGAGUUUGGAAUCACCCAUAUAUCAACAUUUGAGUCGGGAACUGAGAGGUCGAAUCAAUUGGACUAUGACGUAUCGGCGAGACUCGGAUGUUUGGUUUCCGUAUGGGGUGAUAAGGAAACGCGAUAAACCGAUUCAAAUUGAUUACGAUAAAAUAUGGCGAGAUAAGAAACGAAUGGUCGUGUGGCUGGUCUCAAAUUGUGGUCAUGCUAAUGGACGCUUGAUAUUAGGUCGUGCUCUUCAGAAGUCUGGUCUUGAGUUGGACAUAUUCGGAGCUUGUGGUCAGCACAAAACACCAAAUGACUGUGAUGGCGUCAAGAAACAAAGUGAUCAGUGUGUAGCAGAGCUGUUUAUGCCCUAUAUGUUUGCGUUAUCGUUUGAGAAUUCACUGUGUAAGGAUUAUAUAACCGAGAAAUUCUUCGAGGUUCUUCAGAAGAGAUACGCCAUACCGAUUGUUAUGCGACGUAAAGACUACGAACAUAUUGCGGCCCCUCCAAAUUCUUUCAUCGCCGUUGAUGAUUACAAGAAUAUUGAUGAACUGAUCAGCGAUAUCAAAACGAUAGCGAGUAAUAAAUUCACCUAUUUGAAGUAUCAUCGUUGGAGGGAAUCCUACGAAAUACAAAGUGAUUAUUUCCACAUCGAUGAUACUGGAUUUUGUGCACUUUGCAAGAAACUUAUGCGACAAAGAUUUUCACGAAAACAUUACGACGAUGUGGCUGCGUGGUGGAAUUCAAAUGAGAUUUGCGAGAUUCCACAAGACGGAUUUGUGAAUGAAUUUCUGAGCAAGUCUGGCAUGGUGGUACCGCAAGUUCGAUAA